GGCGGCGGGGCGGGGCGGCGCGGCCGGGCCGGCGGCGCGGGAAGAUGGCGGCCGGGAUCCGGGAGAAGCAGACAGUGGCUUUGAAACGUAUGCUGAACUUCAAUGUUCCUCCAGUUAAAAACAGCACAGGAGAACCAGUAUGGAAGGUUCUCAUUUAUGACAGAUUUGGCCAAGAUAUCAUCUCACCUUUGCUGUCAGUGAAAGAGCUGAGGGAUAUGGGGAUCACUUUGCAUCUGCUUUUGCAUUCAGAUCGGGAUGCUAUUCCAGAUGUUCCAGCUGUUUACUUUGUAAUGCCAACAGAAGAAAAUAUUGACAGAAUGUGCCAGGAUCUUCGAAACCAGCUUUAUGAGUCUUACUAUUUAAACUUCAUUUCUGCCAUUUCAAGAAGUAAACUGGAAGAUAUUGCAAAUGCUGCUAUAGGUGCUAAUGCAGUAACUCAAGUGGCUAAGGUGUUUGAUCAAUAUCUUAAUUUUAUUACUUUAGAAGAUGAUAUGUUUGUAUUGUGCAACCAAAACAAAGAACUUGUUUCAUACCGUGCCAUUAACCGACCAGAUAUAACAGACACAGAAAUGGAAACUAUAAUGGACACUAUUGUUGAUAGUCUCUUCUGUUUUUUUGUUACACUUGGAGCUAUACCUAUAAUCAGAUGCUCAAGAGGAACUGCAGCUGAAAUGGUGGCAGUGAAACUGGAUAAGAAGCUCAGAGAGAAUCUAAGAGAUGCCAGAAACAGUCUUUUUACAGGUGAUACACUUGGAGCUGGCCAAUUCAGCUUCCAAAGGCCCUUAUUAGUCCUUGUUGACAGAAACAUAGAUUUAGCAACUCCUCUACAUCAUACUUGGACAUACCAAGCUUUAGUGCAUGAUGUUCUGGAUUUCCAUUUGAAUAGAGUUAACUUGGAAGAAUCAACAGGAACAGAAAGCACUCCAGCAGGUGCAAGACCUAAGAAAAAAAAUAAGAAGUCCUAUGAUUUAACUGCAUCUGAUAAAUUCUGGCAAAAGCAUAAGGGCAGUCCUUUUCCAGAGGUGGCCGAGUCUGUUCAGCAAGAACUGGAAUCUUACAGAGCCCAAGAAGAUGAAGUCAAAAGACUUAAAAGUAUCAUGGGCAUUGAAGGGGAGGAUGAAGGAGCAAUAAGUAUGCUUUCAGAUAAUACAGCUAAGCUGACUUCAGCUGUCAGCUCUCUUCCAGAACUUCUGGAAAAGAAGAGGCUCAUUGAUCUUCAUACAAAUGUUGCAACAGCCGUUUUGGAGCACAUAAAGAGUCGAAAGCUGGAUGUGUAUUUUGAAUAUGAGGAAAAAAUAAUGAGCAAAUCCACUCUGGAUAAAUCUCUUCUGGACAUGAUUUCUGACCCAGAUGCAGGAACUCCUGAAGACAAACUGCGAUUAUUUCUCAUCUAUUACAUAAGCUCAGCUCAGGCACCUUCAGAGGUUGACUUGGAGCAGUAUAAGAAAGCAUUGAUGGAUGCAGGUUGUAAUCUUGCUCCUUUGAGCUACAUAAAACAAUGGAAAGCUUUCACUAAGAUGGCUUCAGCUCCGACCAGCUAUGGAAACGCUACACCUAAACCUCUGGGUCUGUUUUCACGUGUUAUGAAUACGGGAUCACAGUUUGUAAUGGAAGGAGUGAAGAACUUGGUACUGAAGCAACAAAAUCUGCCAGUCACACGCAUUUUGGACAACCUUAUGGAGAUGAAGUCAAACCCUGAGACAGAUGACUACCGGUAUUUUGACCCCAAGAUGCUGCGAGGCAGUGACAGCUCAGUUCCAAGAAAUAAAAACCCAUUCCAGGAGGCCAUAGUGUUUGUAGUUGGAGGAGGCAACUAUAUUGAAUAUCAAAAUCUUAUUGACUACAUUAAGGGUAAACAAGGCAAACAUGUCCUGUAUGGCUGCAGUGAACUUUUUAAUGCCACACAGUUUAUAAAACAGCUGUCCCAACUUGGCCAGAAAUAAGACUGAAACACCAUUACCUGGAUGGAAACGUGACAACAGAGAAUUGUUACAGCAUUCAGAUAUCUUCAUAUCUUUAAUUUUGUCAUUAUAUUAAAACUUAAACCCGUUUCAUUAAUAUGAUAACUUUAAAAAAAAAUCUGUAAUUAAUACGGUGUAUAUCAGCAUUUCAGAAAUAAAACUUAAAACCUACUGUGUUUUUGGUGGAGGUCAGUUUCACUAUUAUUGCAUUUUUAUUGCAGUACUAGCUAUGGUAUGUGACAGAACUGGCUGAAAAUAUGGCAUUUUCAAGGUCUUAUAUGUAAGUUUCUGAUGUGGUAAGAAGGGCAAUAGCUCUAAGAAAAGGUCAAGUCUGUCUUUAGGAGUUAUAGUCUUCUUAAAAGUCAGAAUAUCUUUAUUUAACAAAAUUCAAAAGAGCAGAACUGCCUUUCAGGACAACAGACAAAGAGCCUUAGUGUAAGAGAACUACUUCUAGUUCUUACCCUUUUAUUUUACCAAAGUAAUUUGAUUUGUGCAGUUUUUGCAUUAUGGUCAAAAGAUACCUUCAGUACUGGAAGAUACCUUCAGUACAAGUUUCUGGUACUGUAAUUUAGCUUUUCUUUUAAGGUUAAGAGAAAAUUGCUUGCCAACAGUCAAUUUCAAACUGUAAAACUGAAAUCUUUAAUAAUUUUCUUCUGCAGUUUUUAUUGUAACUACUUUGACUGUUAUGUUUGGGAAGAACCCAAGUCAUACUCACAAAACAGCUCUUAAGUUGUAUCAGCUCAUAUUUAAAAUACUGUUUUUAACAGUUCCAUUAAGUAGGGGCAGUUUAAUAGUUUAAAGAAUCUGGUAAUGAUAAUUCUGGAGAAUUUUCAUUACUUAUCAAAGAACAUAACAAAUUCUUUUUUAUAAGUGGGGGUCUCUGUCUUUAGAAACCUCCUCUCUGGAAACAGCUACUGGUGAAGCAAUAAUACUACUUCAAAGCAAGGCCUAACACACUCAAAAAGUGAAAACAUUUCUUGUGGGUUUAUUAGCAAACUGAGAAUUACUGGUUUACUGUAAAUUUUUCAGUAUUACUUUUUGCACUGUUUUUUAGUGUUGAAUGUUAGUUUUGCACUAAACAAUGCCCUUUCCUCAAUUAGAUUGUUUUUCAGAACAUCUGUACAAGAAAUACAGUUGAUCUAUUCCUUAAAAGUAUCACAAGAAUAAUAUGCAUAAUCUAGACCAUGUUAUUAAAAAGUAAUAAUGUUAUUUAAUUAUCUCUGUUAAUCUACUCCACAAUACUGCUUAUAAAUUUGUAAUUUUGCUGAGUCAAUAAAUAUAUUUACUAUGGUGUUCAUUGUA